CUACAGUUUGUGUGAAUGCCAAGAGUAUGAAUUAAAGCCAAGAAUACAUUAAAGUUAAUAACGGUUAUAUAAAAUCCGUUUUCCGAUAUAAAUUCAGGAAUUUAUUAUGCUCAGUGACCGGAAAUGUCUUGGAGCUGGAACAGCCAUGGAUUACCAUUUUUACCAGGAAACACAUUUCGGGACGUGACGAAAUCAGCCUUCCAUCGACCCCAGACACUGAAAUACAAGAAUGGCUUCGCUCUUCCCAAUCGUCCCACUGUGGGCAUUGGUCGAGAUCCUUUGUUAUCAGAGCAGUUGAUUCAACAGGAAAUCAAUGAGUUGUUCUCUGAGACACCGGACAUCACAUACGGCCCCGCUGACCAGAGGAUGUAUGAAAACUUCAUCCCAGCCCAUGUGGCGCUCGACAAAAAGGUGCUGCGCUACUACGCAUACUUUGUGGAGGAUAUUCUGAAUUCCCCUGAAGAGGAGUACCGUGUGCGCCCUGUGGUCAUUUACUACUACCUUGAAGAUGACAGCAUGUGCAUCAUCGAGCCCGUGGUGAAGAACUCUGGGAUACUGCAGGGGAAGCGGAUCAAACGCCAGCGUCUGCCCAAGAAUGAGCAGGCGGAGUAUUACCUUUGGAAAGACCUAAACCUUGGCAAGGACCUCGAAGUGUUUGGAGUCAAGUAUCACAUAACACAGUGUGAUGCCUUUACAAAGGAAUUCAUGGAAAGUGAGGGCGUGAUCGUGAAUGACCCUGUGCCAGAGCCGGUGGAUCCGUACAGCAAACGUCACACAAACCCCCAGCCUUACUUUACUACACCCUCAGAAGUUGACAACAUGUACCGGUUCCUCACCAUGGACCGCAAGGUGCUUCGUUUCUUUGCCCUGUGGGACGAUACUGACACUCUGUAUGGUGAGAUCAGGCCCGUGACCAUCCACUAUUACCUGGUGGACGACACGGUGGAGAUCAGUGAGCUCCACGAACCCAACAGUGGCCGUGAUCCUUUCCCCAUUCUGAUGCGGCGACAGAGGCUGCCUAAGAAAAUCAAAUCAGAGACUUUCCCCAGUUGUGUUAUGGAGGUCUCAAAAGACGACGUGGAUGAGUAUUACUCCCCCAGAGACUUCCAGUUGGGUCAAAAACUGAGGAUACUGAGCCGUCACUUCCUGUUGUAUGACUGUGAUGGCUUCACUAAAGAGUAUUUCCAGAAGAACCACCCAGACAUGGACAUGAAACCCAUAGAGGUCCCAAAGAAGGAUGAAGCGCUUCAGGACAAGAAGAUGGAGAAUCCUCCCUACAAUGGUUUUGGUUCACUUGAAGACUCUCUCCAGAACUGCUUGUCUCUGAUUCCCAAGCCUCCUAAGAUGAAUGUGUUAAAGAUGCUCGAGAAAGACCACCAAGUUUUGCGUUACAGCGCCGUACUGGACUCCCAGUAUCCUGAAGACCAAGGCCGACGUUUCAUACUGUCCUACUUCCUGUCCACUGACAUGAUCAGCAUUUUUGAAAGGCCCUCUCGCAACUCUGGCAUCAUUGGUGGCAAGUUCUUGGAACAGACCCGCGUCCCCAAGCCGGGCUCCACCGUGGAAAACCCGGAGUUCUACUCACCUGCAGACUUUGCUAUUGGAGCCACUGUGGAAGUUUUCAGCCACCGCUUUGUGUUGACUGAUGCUGAUCGCUACGUGCUCACAUACCUGGAGUCCAACUCAAGUCAGAUCCCUUCUCAGACGCUGGAUUCUUUGCGACAGAAGCUGGGCGUCGCCACGGCAAAUAACCAGGCAGCUGACGAAAGUGGUGAAGUAGCAGAAGCAUCUUCAUGACCGUAAGGAAAUCCUGGAAUUUUAAGGGUUCCUCCCUCUGCACAAAACCCGGAGUGAAUCAAAGACUUUUCAAAAUAUCUCUUAACAUAAUAAACCUUCUGCAGUAUAUGUGAAGUAUCUGGUGAGAUCUGACUUCAGAUAAAUUCUAAACUACAACUAGCCUUUGCUGUUGGUGUGGUUUACAUCAUGUGUUGUGCAUAUGCCAAUGUCUCUGUCUGAAACACAUUUUUAUGUCAAAACUGUCGACAAACAGGAGAUGAGAUCAGUUCAUUUGAAAUGGUUUGAAAUGGCUAACCUUAAGCUAACAAUAACACCACCCUUUGUUGAGUCUCUGCCCGCUUCCUUUCAAAUUUGACCUACUGCUGUUUAUAGAUCCCUUUCAUUUCACAGAAUGCUAUGCUAGCACCUUUCAUGUUUCAUUAUACAACAAUAGGAAAAGUAAUUUUUAGAAUCUGAAAAGAUUUUCAUUUUACAUUCCAGUGGAAAAAAACAAAAACAAAUCGACAACUCCACAGCUCAUUUCUGAAAAUUGCAUUAUUUUAAUAAAGUAAUUAACAAAACAAAAGGGGAAAAAAAACAUGGAAUGGCAUGCUGUUAUUUCUGACACACAUACUUCAUGCGUGUCUUUUAAGUGACCAGUGACAGAUGUACAAUUUUUGACAGUAAGCUCGUAUCAUACCAUAUCAUCAGUAACGCUUUUCUGCUCCAGUGGACCAGAAUGGAAAACAAGCAAAGCCGGCUCAAUAACGAGAUCUGCAAAAUCUGACAACGCUACAACCAUUACAGUACUUAUGUAUGAGGAUACGAAUCACAUUCAACGUGGACACACGCGUCGAAUGUGUCGCACACUGGGGUCACUUUUUUUUUUUUUUAAAU